GGUGUCGCAUCAGUCGUAUCAGUAGAACACGUCGGAUAUGCUGGCGAUCAUUCUACCGUUCUUCCUGGCGGGACGCGUGGCCGUCGACCAGGAGGCCUCGCAGCUCUCCGAUUGGCAGCGAUACGGCCCGGAAUGCACUUACGACGUCCUGGUGAACAUGUCCCUGGCGAAUAUCGUCCACGAGAAGGACAAUUUCUGCUCGAUGAUCGCCACGGAGCUCAAGUGCCGUCCGAAAGGCAGCGACACCCUCGCCUGUCGUUUCGUUAACGGGAGAAUCGUCAGACCGGACCCCGAGGACAACAGGUGCACCAAUUCGAAGAACUUCGUGCCGGUCAGCGACAGAUUCGUCGGCGCCGACCCGUUCGAGGUCAGAUUCAACGCGAGAGGCAUCGAGAACCUGGUCGUGCCUAGACAGAUUCCCAGGUGGCGGCUGGACAUGAUGAGAGCUAUCGUUGGCCAGCUGAACGUUGGCUUCGAGCUGGAAAAGGGACGUCAACGGUUCGUCGCCAUGGAGAACUCGAGCAUCGGUUACUGCCAGGUGGAGAUCAGAAUGUCAAGGACGGAGUACGUUAUGGACGACGAGACGGGGAACGGGGAUCUCGAGAUUGACUUUGAACCGACGCGACCCGAGGUCGUGCCGCUGGACAGGGCUGGACUGACGAUCGAGAAGGUCAGGCAGCCGAAGAACUGCCCUAACAGGAAGAUAUACUUCUUCGGGAACCACGAGGACUUCAGCCUUGGGAACAAGAAUACGUUCAUGGAUAUGACCACGUCUAUCAGCCACAUAAGGAUCUCGCGGAGUGAGAUGCGCUCGUACACGGAAACCACGGGUAUAAUGCGAACGCUGACCAAGCCGAGAACGAUGCGACUCCACCAGAAAAUAAGCCUGUCCCUGAAAAGCAUAAAUCCCGCUCGUAGCCCACUGCUAGAGAUUAAAAAUCCAGCGUCGACCAGCUUGUACGCUUACACCGGUCUGGAAGGUAUUCCAGAGGUAUGAACGAGCAAACGGGAGCAUAAUGAAUCGAGACGAAGGGCGUCGUGCUUUCACCGAAAGCCUCUUACGGGGAGGAUAAAGGGAACUUGCCGUGGACAACAGGUGGAGGUCGAGUGGGGAAAAAAGCGAUGAUUGUGAAAUAAAAAAUUUGGAAAUGUA